AUGGAUCCAUCACCCCCCCUUCCACCGCUUCUAUCUCUACCUUAUGACAUCCGAAGACGAAUUUUCGUUUUCGCCGGCCUGGUUCGAGAAUGCCCUAUCACCAUCACUCCAGUCUCCCGACCAACACUGUACUUCGGUACCCAGCAGCUUAGCCCUGGCCUCGGCUUUUACGGGUGCGCAUACCCAUAUCGCAAGCAGAGGGUGCCAGACAGGGUUUCGCAUGGUUAUGAUCCGGAGUGCGACUGCCCGGAUCUUCCGAAGCAGCUGCUGUGCGUCUGCAGGUCACUCCAUAAGGAGGCGGUAGAGCUGCUCUAUGGCGAGAACAAAUUCGUGGUUCGUGCGCAUCACCAAGUCGAGGAUCUAGAUAUUCUCAAGACACUUCCGGUUUAUGGAAUUCAGGCACUACGUUACCUCUUGAUUCGCCUGAAUAGUUGGCCAUGUGCUCGUGGCCACAGUCUCAGCAACCCAAAGUAUGACUGCUGCGUCAUCUGUCCAACCAGAGCGCCGCAAAGCCGAAUAUCUGCGAGUGACCCAGAGCUUUCCACUGGCGACGGUUUCUCAGAGAGCAUCAUCAAAUGUUGGACGGAGAUAUGUCAUCGCCUUUCUGGUAUCGUUAUCCCUGGAACUCUUCACCUAGAGUUCAUUUGCGAUGCUCAAGACCUACAGACUGCCCAGCGCGUCAUAGAGCCUAUGAGCCCCCUUCCGCGCCUCAAAGAAUGUAGUAUAAGGCUUGGGAGGAAGAAAGACUAUUCCUUGCGUUCUCUUGCUCAGUCAACUGCCGUUCAACUGACUAGAGGCGUUGAGAAAAGGAAGCCUCCUGUUGUGUCUUUCUCCUCUUUACCACGGGAGAUCCGUCUACGUAUCCUCUGGUUCACGAAUCUUGGACCUGGAGGUAUAUUCCUGAAGAGCACUGACCAUGAGCUGGAAACUAUACACGUUGAUCGCGGAAGGUUUGCCCAUGAAAUUGGUUUCCGAAGAGGAUUCCGAACCUGUUGUCUUGACUGCUCCUUCACCAAGCUGCACUGCUCUUGCCCGUUAAACUAUGCGUCUUAUAGCGCUUCUUGUUGCUGUCGGGUGCUACCCUUGGAGCUCUUUCUUGUUAGCCAGCAAAUGCACGUCGAUGCCGUCGAGGUUUUUUUCUCGACAAACACAUUUGAAUUUCGGGGACCUUUUUCUGAUACGCAGAAAAUGCUGGAGACUCUUUCGCCCAGAUCUUUGAAACAGCUUCGGCACCUCGUAUUUGACAUGGGCUUUUCAAACCCAUAUUUCCGGGAUCAGGACCAACUCCAAUGGCAUUCCCUACUCUCUUUCAUGAACAAGCACUGCGAUAUAUCCCAACUAUGCAUUGCAAUCGAUUUGUCAUCGGAUAUCGACACUGUUUUGGAAGCUGAGGAUGAAGCAGAAACUAUUGAGAUGAUAUAUCAUGGAUAUGUAGCUCUAGUACGGGCAGUGAAGACUGAGCUAUCCAGUCUUACAGAUUUCCACAUUGAUCUCGGCAUUUCAUGGGACCUGGAGCCGGUUCUGGAGAAAUACAUCAUGGGCCCAGAGUAUGACAGCGAGAAUGGCAAUCGAUAUUCCAAGACGGUUUACGAAGUUGCGGGAGACACCUUUUACCGUCAAAUACCUCCAUGCCACAAGGAUCUCUGA